AUUUUUACUCACGAAUCCAAAAAGCUCUGGUAAAAUAAACCAGUAAUUCUGGGAUCGAGACACAUACGAACGGGAACACUCGACAUUCAAUCAAAUCCGUACGAUUUCUAACAUUGAUGCAAUACCAUGCCUAUGUACGUACACACACUCUUGCAUUUACUCUUGCUUUUGGUAUUUCCCCCUCCAAUCCAGCCACUCCAAAAACGCCCAACCGUAUAUGUGGAAGGAUGGGAUAUGCCAGAACAGAACAAGCCACCACCCCCUCCCUAAUUUCCCUCAACCAACAGACGGAUACCCCAAAUCCGAAGCCAGAUGGCGUGUAUGACAAGACCCUAAACAGUGAAAAAAUACGGGAGGUUGGGUGGUUGGUAGGUAGGUAAUAGUACAUCGACAGGUCUGUUGUUUAAAAAGCAAAAGUGCAAGAAGAAAAAGGUUAUCGGCCUUCAAUGCCAUCCGCCUGCCCCUCCCAAAUAUGCAAGAGCCCCUCCAUUUCGAUCCCCCAAAUGCGUGUGUGAUGAUGAUGA